AUGGGUAAUUGCUGCAACAAAGAUAAGGAUGGUAACACUGAAAGCGUAGGUGCUAAAUCAUCUUUACAGAUUAGAAGAGUACCUCCUCAAAGCCAACAAUUAUAAGAGACACCAACACCAUAAUAAAAAGAGACUGGAUAGAUUAAAUUAGUAGUCAAUUUAGCGGAAACAGUAGAGAAUCAGGAUACAUAUUAAGAUACAGAAAACAUCAAGCGUUUAUCUAGUGGAUCGGUUGGAUCCGUAGGGUCUCGCUCUAGUUCUAGCUCAAGGAUAUCAGCUAAUAGCAGGAAAAAUUUAUCAAUAUAGGAUUUUGUAAUUGAUCGUCCUCUUGGCAAAGGAGCAUUUGGAUAAGUUUAUUUAGUUACUAAAAAGGAUAGUUAAAGAAAAUAUGCAAUGAAAACUAUUAAAAAAAUUGAUAUGGUUAAGCUGUAACUUAUUGAAGCAACUAUUUUAGAGAAAACUAUAUUAUUAAAAUCAUCUCACCCUUUCAUAGUUCAACUUAAAUAUUGCAUACAAACAGAAAAGAAAAUCUAUUUAAUUAUGGAAUACAUAUAGGGAGGAGAGCUUUUUACCCUGUUAAAACAUUGUGGAUAGUUUACUGAAAAGGUAGCCAAAUUCAUCAUAGCUGAAAUCAUUCUAGGCAUUUAGUAUCUUCACGAAACAUUAAAAAUUAUAUAUAGAGAUAUAAAACCUGAAAACAUCCUUUUAACUAAGAGUGGACAUAUAAAAAUUUCUGACUUUGGUCUUUCUAAAGAAUUUUAAAACAAGGAUGAGAAAACAUACACGUUUGCAGGUACACCUGAAUAUUUAGCACCAGAAAUCGUAUUAAAUAAAGGUCAUAAUAAGAAUGUAGAUUUAUGGGGUAUUGGUGUGUUUUUGUAUGAACUUGUUGCUGGAUAUCCUCCUUUUUAAGAUAAAAAUCGUAACUAUGACAAAAUCUCAAAACAAAUUAUAAUGAAUAGACCAACAUAUCCAGAGAACUUUUCCCCUAACUUGAAAGACUUAAUUAAAAAGUUGCUAAAUUCAGAUCCUUAAAUGAGAUUAGGAGCAAACUCGUUUACUGAUUUAAAAGAACAUCCGUUUUUCUAUGAUGUUGAUUGGGAAGCUCUUGAAAACUUAAAAAUUGAAUCUCCUAUUAAAAAAUUUACCUAAUAAGAAAAACCUACCAAGGCAGCAGUAAGACCAAGAGCUAUUUUCGAAACUCCAUUACAAACAAACAUAAAACUACCUCAAAUCUUAGGGAUGACUUAUGAUCAAGAUGAAAUAAAUGCAGCUAAUAAAUAAAACAAUGCUGACGAUGAAGAUGAGCUACUAAAAUAUAAAUAUGAUUGUAAUUUGAAUAAUAAUUGA